AUGCUCCUUAUUCUCUGUUUUGUCGUUUCUUGUUUCGCACAGCAGCCGAUACCCAUUUCGAGCUCUCGUGUGGCUAUUGUGGGUGCUGGCGCUGGCGGUGCUUCGUGUGCUUACUACCUCCAGAAGUUCACCGAUUAUCAAUUCAACAUCACAGUAUUUGAGAAAAAUAGCUAUGUGGGGGGCCGGGCCACCAAUAUUGACUUUGAUGGGGUCGAAGUAGAAUUGGGAGCGAGCAUGUUUAUUGAGGACAAUAAAAUUCUCUACAAUGCUGUUGAAGAGUUUAACUUGAGUUUCGCAAACAGCUCUUCUGACUCCACCUCGUUCGCACUUUGGAACGGAGAGUCCAUGGACUAUAUACUGGAGCCCUCCUCAAACUCUGUGGCUACCUACCUCAAACUUGUGUGGAGGUUUGGUCUAUACUCCAUUGCGGUUGUGAAGUAUCAGCAGCAAACUGCUAUGAAGACGUUUCUUAACGAAUACUAUGAAAAAUACUAUCCUCUAUCUUCGCUCAAUUCGGUCACCGGUCUGCUAAAAUAUACUACGGUGGCAGCCAAGGACCUCUUCAGUUCUAUAUGGGUGAGCACUAACUACCAAAACUUUGUGCAAUCACUAACCCGAAAUAAUUAUGCUCAGGAUCUAACUACAAUACAUUCGCUGGGAAGUUUGGUGCUGCUCUCGGGAGAGUCGUCGUUGCAUGUCGAUGGAGGAAAUAACCAAAUAUUCGAGAAAUGGAUACAAGCCUCCGAUGCUGAUCUGCGACUCAAUACCGCAAUAACGGCAAUCUCUAAAACAUCUUCAGGAUACGCUGUCUCGUAUGGCUCGCACACCGAAGACUACGAUAUUGUUGUCCUUGCAGGGCCGUAUGACCAACUAGAGAUCAAAACUAACAUUUCUGUGUCUCUGACCAACGUUCAAUAUGUCCAUCUUUACGUUACUCUGGUGAGAACACCACAUUUGUUGUCGGAAAGCUCGUACUUCAAUAACAAAAAGACCCCACAAACAGUCUUGACCACUGGUGGUGAUAAGUUCAACUCGAUUGGCUUGGUGGGAUAUAGUGAUAAGUACCAGGAGUACGUGUAUAAAGUGUUCAGCUACCAGAGUCUGAAUGAACAGCUAUUACAAGGAUUGUUCGGAAAAUACUCAAACAAGUACGAGAAAACCUGGUACAGCUAUCCAUAUUUGAGUCCAAUAAGCAAGUUCAGCGAGUUCAAGCUUGCAGAAAACCUCUACUACCUCAAUGGUAUGGAACAGUUGAUCAGCACCAUGGAGACUUCUUCAUUAGCCGGUGCUACCGUUGCUGGAUUAUUAGCCCAAGGAAGGAACACUACGCAGAUAACGGUGCCAUGA